CCCACCGAGUCACCUGACCCACAACCUGGCUCGCCGGGACGCACACUGAGUAUCAGCGGAAUCUCUAAUUGUUCGAAUUUCCUUUUUGCUCCCGACCUCCGUCCAGCGCAAAGAUCACCACCGUCGACAAGUUCACCCUCACGACAACCAAUUCAAAAUGGGUCGCCUUCACUCCAAGGGAAAGGGAAUUGCUUCCUCUGCCAUCCCCUACUCUCGCAACCCCCCAGCAUGGCUCAAGACCACUCCCGACCAGGUUGUUGAGCAGAUUUCCAAGCUGGCCAAGAAGGGUGUUACCCCCUCUCAGAUCGGUGUUAUCCUCCGUGACAGCCACGGAAUUGCCCAGGUCAAGGUCGUCACCGGAAACAAGAUCCUCCGUAUCCUCAAGUCCAACGGCCUCGCUCCCGAGAUCCCCGAGGACCUUUACUUCCUGAUCAAGAAGGCCGUUGCCGUCCGCAAGCACCUUGAGCGCAACCGCAAGGACAAGGACAGCAAGUUCCGUCUCAUUCUGAUCGAGUCCCGUAUCCACCGUCUGUCUCGCUACUACAAGACCGUCGGUGUCCUCCCCCCCACCUGGAGAUACGAGAGCGCCACCGCCAGCACCCUGGUCGCGUAAAGGGGUUUCCUUUUCGACUUUCGACUUUGCAGCGUGGUUAUUCUUUGUCUGGAGGGAUUUGUCCACUUCUGGCAAGGAGGUUUUCCCAUACCCCAUGAAGAGGUAGUCUUGUCAGAUCCUUGGUUUCGCUUAGGCGGACAACGAGGGUUUUUUCGAAGGCAUCCAGGCCCGGGGAUCCCCUUGGCUUGGAAUGAACAAAAGUUAUGACAUGGUAGUCUAGCCUUUUCUACGGAAAACAAAAUGGAACUUGUACGACAUAUUCUUCAGACUCAUGUAGU